AUGGCAUUUGAUGAAAGGUUGGACGUUCUUCAAGAUUCGUCUAAUUUUUACAAGUUCCAAAAAGUUGAAUUACAGAAAUGUUUGACUUCAGAAUCCAAAGUUUCCACGACAAAAUUCUACAAAAAACAAGAGUCAUCUCCAGAGCCUUUGCACAUCUUUGUUCUUGGACCAUCAAUCUGUGGUAAAAGACGCAUUAUAGAAUAUGCAGCAAACCGCCAUCUGGAUAUUCCGUUCGAAAAGAACAUCCAUUUUGCUUAUAAACUCAGUGGCUUCCUGCUUAAAGGGAUCGAAGCAGAAAUUAACUUAUGGCAUGUUGGUAACAUCGAACGUUCACUGGGUAUUUUGCAGACCUUCUACCAAAAAUGUAAAACAUGCUUUAUGUUGAUCUACGAUGUAAACGAUUCAUCCACAUUUGACGAUGCUCGCCAAUGGAUUCCGAGUCUGAGAUGUGUUCUGGACGAUUAUGUGCCGAUUAUUUUGGUGGGAUAUGAAGAUUCGAAGGAUCCAUCGACAUGUAAAACAUCACCCGUUUCGUUUUCGGACGGAAUGAAAGCAAAAACAUUCUUCGAACUGAGAACUUUUUAUGAAUUCUCGGACCUGACUGGCCCAGCCGUCUGUGAGAUGUUUUUCGACGCUGCGCACAUUGCGUUGGAAAAUGAGAAUACGAUUGAGGAAGUGGAAGUGGAUGAAUCGGAAGAAAACUAG